UUUUUCAGCAUUCCUCAAAACAGUCUACUUGAAUACACCCACCACAACAGUUCUGGAGCGCUUUUUCCAAUCGAAAAAUGCUCAAAAUAAUAUCCCUACUAUUGCUUUUUGCUCUGGGCCAAGAGCGCACCUUCGCUUGUGACGAUUUGGUUGGGCAGUCUGGCAGAGCGGCGCCCGUACGCGAGUGGUGGCAGUCAGCGCAGUUCUAUCAAAUUUAUCCACGUUCCUUUAUGGACUCGAAUGGUGAUGGUAUCGGCGAUUUGGCAGGUAUCACCUCGCGGCUGAGCUAUUUGAAGGAACUCGGCGUCACCGCUGUCUGGCUCUCGCCCAUCUAUACCUCGCCAAUGGCAGACUUUGGUUACGAUAUUGCGGACUUCUUCGAUAUACAACCGGAGUAUGGCACAUUGGAUGACUUCGAUAAGUUGGUGCAGGAGGCCAAUAGGCUUGGUCUUAAGGUUAUUUUGGACUUUGUACCGAAUCAUUCGAGUGAUGAGAAUGACUGGUUUAAAAAAUCGGUGCGCCGUGAGCGCGGCUAUGAGGACUAUUACAUGUGGCAUGAUGGUUAUAAGAACGAGCAGGGUGAACGAGUGCCACCAAAUAACUGGCUUCAAGCUUUUCGCGGUUCAGCUUGGGAGUGGAAUGAAGAACGCCAACAAUAUUAUCUGCAUCAGUUCGCUGUCAAACAGCCUGAUUUGAAUUACCGCAACCCGGCUGUGGUGGCGCAAAUGAAACGCGUGCUUACCUACUGGCUCGAUCGUGGUGUAUCCGGCUUCCGUGUGGACGCCGUACCUUGGUGCUUCGAAGUGUUACCUGACGAGACCGGACGCUAUCCAGAUGAACCGAAGAGUGGUUAUACAGAUGAUCCAGAUGACUCUAGCUAUUUACUGCAUAUCUAUACACAGGAUCUACCGGAGACCGUCGAUAUGGUUUAUCAAUGGCGUAAAUUACUAGAUGACUAUCAACGCAUCCACGGCGGUGAUCGACGCGUGCUGCUAACGGAGGCUUGGUCGCCACUUGAUUACGUAAUGAAAUUCUAUGGCAACCGCACAACCAAGGGCGCUCAAAUGCCAUUCAAUUUUCAGUUUAUAGUGGGUGGUAAUGGUGAUAAGAAUAAUACUAAUUUGCCGGCGACGGGUUUUGCGAAAAUAAUCAGCAGCUGGUUGGACAAAAUGCCGAGCGGUCAAGUGGCUAAUUGGGUGAUGGGCAACCAUGAUCAGCGACGUGUGGGCAGCCGUUACGGAGAGGAGCGUAUUGACACAAUGAACAUGCUGCAGAUGUUCCUACCGGGAGUUAGUAUUACAUAUAUGGGCGAAGAGAUUGGCAUGACUGAUUUGGAUAUCUCUUGGGAAGACAGCCGCGAUCCCGCCGCUUGUAACUCCAAUGCAAAUAUCUACGAACAGUUCACACGCGAUCCCGCUCGCACGCCCUUCCAAUGGAGCAGCUCAGCUAAUGCUGGGUUCUCCACCAAUGCCACCACUUGGCUGCCCAUCAAUCCAAAUUAUGUCACAGUGAAUGUGGAGACCGAGAAAGCGGCAACCAAGAGCCAUUUGACUAUUUACAAUCAAUUGGUGGAGUUGCGUAAGUCAAGAACACUGCAAGAAGGUGGCACCAGCUAUGCCGCUGUUGGUGAGAAUGUGUUGGCGAUUAAGAGAUCUUUGCAAAACGAAAAGACCUACCUCUUGUUGGCCAAUGUGCUGGACACCGAUGCAACGGCUGAUGUGACCAGCGUGCUGAGAGUGAGCGGUAACUUCAAGACUAAAAUCUCCAAUAUGAUCUCGACACGAAAAGAGGGCGACACUGUUAGCGCCGAUAGUGUUUCGUUGCGGCCUUAUGAAGCAAUAAUUGUGGAAUCGGACUGAGGAGGAAUGUGAUAUUAAUAAAUAGUGUACUUGUAUAUGUGUAUUCAUAUAUAAAAAUAAGGAAUUUCGUAUUUUUCCGAAGCAAAACAAGUAAUUUUGAAUGAGAAUAAAAUGCUGUCGACACCUAA